UUUAGGGACUAAGGCUAGACACUCGUACCGUAGGUGACGUUUGUAGUAGCCUUAGUCACUGUUCCACUCCUAUUCUCUCCCCGAUAGUGACACUUAUUAUUACUACUGCCACCGCAACUACAACAACACAGACUCUACUGUCAAGAUCUGGCAGAAGUCGGACGUCUUCUGAGCUGAUCUUUCCAUAAAGAUGCUGUUGGUGUUGGUGACGGGCGUGGUGAUAAGUUCGUGGGCGUGUGCGGGCGUGGACAUCCGAGCAUCUGACCCUCUGGCGGAGGGCAUGGUCUCUGCCCCUCAACUGGACCCAACGUUUCCCAACCUGCCUCUGGGUAACCCUGACUCGAUGCAGUCUGAUAUUCCCGGACCCCCGCUGAGUCCUGAGGACUUCAGGGAAGGCAAAGAAAUGGAGCACAAGGAUUGGGAUCCAACGAGCAACUCUGACCCCAUUGAACUGGCUGGUCUCUUUGAAGGUGACAUUAACAUCAUGACAGCUGACGAAUUCUAUGAUCUGGCCAGGCCUGCUGAGGCGCCACAAGCAAGGAAUGCCGUCAAUGAGAUAGAUAGACGGUGGCCCAAUGGUGUUAUUCCCUACGUUAUAUCUUCCUCUUACAAUAAGCAGGAGAGAGCUACCAUCGCCAUGGCUGUCAGCAAGUACCAUUCCACAACCUGUAUUCGGUUCGUGCCCAGAACAGUGGAGAGAGACUACAUACACAUUAUAAAGGGUGACGGGUGUUCAAGUUCCGUGGGUCGUCACCAUGGGGCGCAAGCCGUGUCCUUGGGACCUGGCUGUUUGUACGUGGGUAUUGUCAUGCACGAGUUUAUGCAUGCUUCCGGCUUCUGGCACGAGCAGUCACGGUGGGACAGAGAUAACUACAUCACCAUCAACACGUACAACAUUCAGACUGGCAUGCAGUAUAACUUUGAGAAGUAUUCGUGGCAGAAGAUACAGAGUCUGGGAGUCGACUAUGAUCUGGGUUCCAUCAUGCACUACGGACCAUAUGCCUUCGCCAAGGACCGCACCAAGCCCACCAUCAUACCCAGACGAGCAGGCACGGACAUUGGUCAACGAAGAGCUUUCUCAGAUAAAGACAUCUUGAAGCUACAGCUGCUGUACAACUGUGCCAAUACCAGCACCACUCCAGUAGUGACAGUGUCACCUAUCUCCCCUCCAUCACCUGAAAAAUGUGUGGACAACAGUCAGUACUGUGACACCUGGGCCAAGAUUGGUGAGUGUGGCAAGAACCCGACCUGGAUGCACGUCAACUGCAAGAUGUCUUGCAAGAAAUGUGAGUCCCAGAAAGAUGUAACACCUGUCAUGUCCUUUCAACUAGAGUCCCAGAUAGGUGUAACACCUGUCAUGUCUUCUCAAGUAGAGUCCCAGACAGAUGAAACACCUGUCAUGUCCUCUCAACUAGAGUCCCAGAAAGAUGUAACACCUGUCAUGUCCUCUCAACUAGAGUCUCAGAAAGAUUUAACACCUGUCAUGUCCUCUCAACUAGAGUCCCAGAAAGAUAUAACAGCUGUCAUGUUCUCUCAACUAGAGUCCCAGAAAGAUGUAACACCUGUCAUUUCCUCUCAACUAGAGUCCCAGACAGGUGUAACACCUGUCAUGUCCUCUCAACUAGAGGAGUCCUAG